AAGAGAAAAAAAAAUAUGGUGCAACUUGAAAAUGGUACAAAUUUUUUCAUCAAUGACAAUGUUGAUGUGCUGAUAGUGAUAUUGCAAAGGCUAGAUGGUGGUUCCUUAGGUGUAGCUGCAUGUGUUUGUAAGUUAUGGUGUUCCAUCACUAGAAAUGAUUCUCUUUGGGAGCACCUUUGCUUUCGCCACGUGUCUCCUCCCCCGGAGGGUGUGAGGACGGUGGUUUUGGCUCUCGGAGGGUACCGGAGACUUUAUAUGGUGUGUAUUAAGCCGGUCUUGGACCGGCUUAGGAAGUGGAAGAAAGGAACGGGUUUUGAUGAGUCGGAGGUAAUGAAAAGAGUUUGGAUGCAGCAUGAAGUGGAACUUUCGUUAUCGUUGUUUUGUGUGGAUUAUUAUGAAAGAGUGUUUUUGAGUGGUGGUGGUGGUGCGGCAGCAUCGUCGCUUAUGUUUCUAUGCAACGCCGUAAAUGUUUAGGAAUUAAAGUUGCGAAAAGAAGGAUGUUGAGUACUGGGAGGGUUAAUUCUUUUUUUAUCUUUGCUCUUAUUUUUUAUUUUUGGUAAUUCCAGAUUUCUACUAUUUGUUGUUAAUGAAGUACUACUUAU